AUGGUUGCCGACUGGCUGGCUUGGUCUCGAUUGGAACCUGCUGGCAAGAACCCAAUCGUCGUUGUCCAAAAUCGGAAUCAAGCCAUUCUGAUCCCACGCACACCGACCAAGACUGAACAACACGGAUUUGCUCGGAAGAACGAGACGACCACUAGAAACUAUUUGGUACGCACGACCAUGGCGUCCUUUGACGAAAAAAUCAAGCAAGCCAUUCCGGCCGAGUUUCACAUGAUCUCGGGUUCGCACGAUUCCCAAACGUCGGCCGAUGUCUAUAAUACGGGCAAGUUUCAGCUCCCCAACCCAGCGGGUCGCGCUGGCGGUGCCUGUACAUCCGCCUUGUUACAGGUCCUCUACAACAAUGGUGUUGCUGCGGGGGAACUCUCCUGGGUCCAGUGUCUCCGUCAAAUGCGCACCGCCCUCAACGGCAUGGGGUUCGACCAGGUACCGCAGCUCACCAGCUCGCGACUGAUCGACGUCAACACGCCCAUGGCUAUUGUCCCACCCACCGCGACGGGUCGGAAACGUGCCGUUCUGAUUGGAAUCAACUAUACUGGACAACAGGGGCAAUUGUCGGGUUGCCACAACGACGUCAAGAAUAUUAUUAAAUUCUUGACCAAGGUGCACGGAUUCAACGAAACGGAAAUGCUCAUUCUCAUGGAUGACGGACAGCACCAUUCUCCAACGAAAAAGAAUAUUGAGGAUGCCUUUACGCGUAUUACGCAGUACAGUCAAGCGGGCGAUGUGGUCUUUGUACAUUAUUCGGGACACGGUGGCCGUGUGCGAGAUUUGGACGGCGACGAAGACGAUGGUUUCGACGAAACGCUGAUUCCGGUGGAUUUCAAAAGAGCUGGUCAAAUUAUCGACGACGAUAUUUUGAAAAUUCUCGUCAAACCGAUGCGACAAGGUGUCACCGUGACGGUCCUCAUGGACUGUUGUCACUCGGGAACCGUUUUGGAUUUGCCCUACCGAUUUUCCGCGGACGAUAGUAAAAUGCGCAUCGACCAAGGGAACGCGAAUUCGUUGUUUGGCAAAUUGGGAGACAUGGAUGUCGCCCAGGUUGCCUGUUGCGCUUGUUUGGCCUACGUGGUGGCCGAUAUGCUCUUGAAUUAA